GACCCGCAGGACUUCCGGACCCUGGUUCCCUCCCUGGCACUCGCCCUGCAAGGAGACCAAACAACCCGCGGGGGACCGGGAGCCGUUCUCUGAGACAGCUCAGGUGCGAGGGAAUGAGACCACACAAGCAGGGUGUUGUCCCGCACAACCUGAAGGCGCCGCGGCCUCCGGGAAAUCUCCAGAAAGUCAGAGUCGCAGACCCACUUCAUGGCAUGAAGUCUUGACCCGUGAACUACGCACGCGAUGGAGCCCGCAGCCAGAGGGCGGACUAAGAAAAGCUUCAGCUACGUCGUCAGAGCCCCCGGCAGCGAUGGGUUUGAUGCGAUGAACGUGGACGUGAAGAUCGACACGUGCUGGGUAUUCCAGGACGUAGAGGACGGUGGUGAGGGGCCCGGCUGUCUUCCGGCAGCGGGAAGCCCAGACACGGAUGCGGGCGUGCUCAGGAAGCAGCUGGAAUCCUCAGAGCAGAAGCUGCUGGCAGCUGUGGACAAGCACGUGAUGUCGGAGUCCAGGCUCAGAAGCAGAAUCCAGGAGCUAGAGCUGUCGGAGAGACAGCUCCUCCAGAGUGUGGACCAGCUGAAUGCCCGCGUGUUGCAGGAAAGGAGCGAUGCUGCCCGGGCCCAGGAGAAGCUCCAAGCCCUGCGGGACGAGCUUGCCAGCCAGGUUCUGGAGAAGGAGCGCGCGGCCAGGCGGCAGCGGUGGCGGCUGCGGCGGCUGCGGGAGCGGCUGCGGCGCAAGGACGAGGCGCUGGGGCGGCAGGCGGCGGCCCUGGAGCGCUGCCGAGGGACACAGCGGCGCCAGCUGGCCCUGGUGCGCGAGCAGGAGCGCGGCCUGCGGGAGCAGGUGCGGCGGCUGGAGCGGGACGUGCGGCGCCUCUGUCACGCGGCCGGCCUCCUGCUGGCGGAGCUGGACGCCCCGGCCGCGCGCGGCCCCCGCGCCCUCGGCCCGGUCGACCCCGGUGGGGAGGCCGAGGAGCUGCGCGCCCUGCAGGCGCGGGCCGAGCGCGGCGAGCGCGAGCGGGACGAAGCGGCGCGCCGGUUGCGGGAGCAGCGCGCCACGGAACGCCGGCUCCGCGGGCAGCUGGAGGAUCUUCGCUGCUGCAUCUACGAGCUCAAGCUGUCGGAGAUCGGCCUGCAGGGCCAGGUGGAGGACCUCGCCCAGCAAAACCGCAGCCUGCGAGAGGAGCUGGGGGCCCAAGCCGCCGGGGAGAGCGCGCGCAGCCCUGCCUCUGCCGGUCAGUGCAGCCCGGACGCUCUGAGCCAGCUUCAGGACGAGCCACUGGCCCUGCCCGGGGAGGGCGCCCUGGAUGCCUGCCGAAGCCGAGGCUUGCAGACCACCCUCUGCUCCCACGGCGCCCCUGGCCCGAGAAGCUCAGCAGGCCAGCCCUCCGAGGCGUGCUGCUCCUGGGACUGUGUUGGGGCCGGGCGAGGCCCCUGUGUUGUGGUGGCAGGCCUGGAGGCCACAGAUGAGACCCUGGAAGACGUCCCAGGAUCUGACCGUGGACGGCGGACUCUGGCUGAGCCCAGCUUGGAUGUGCAGACUUUUCUCCUCAUCUGUGGCCGCCCCCCCGGCCAGUACAGGGAUGGCUCACUCCUCCCCGUGGAGCUGGCCGGGAUUUCGGAGCAGAGGCUAGCAGCUGCCCAGGUCCUGGUGCAGACGUCCACACUCCCUCCCUGGGGGCUGGCCGGGGACCCCCCUUCCUUGCCGCCGCUGCUCCUGCUCCGGGAGGCUUCUCCACAAGAAUCCCAGAUGCGACGGACGCUGGACGCCAGGUUCCCACCUGCUCCCAGAGCCGGAGGACCCACCUGCCGGAAUCCCCACUGGAGAAGGGGCCAGAAUGCCUCCCUCUGCCACGAGCCCCCCCAGAUCUCAAGUCACAAAUUCAAGUCACCCAGAGAUGUGAAAGGCGCUUGGAAGGAGGGAGGAGGGCCCCCAGAGUGGAGAACCGAGGAGCGGGGGGCGAGGAGGAGUCGGGGCAGGAAGGAGGCAGACCUUGGUGACGAGAGCAAGCUAAGUCAGGAAAGCCGAGACAACCCGAGCCCGGGGGACGGCGUCAGAGCCCCAGAGGGCGAGCCGGUCGAGAACGGGGCCUCAGAAACCCAGGCCUCUGUCUCCUGCCCUUGGCCCAGGCCAAAGCUCCCAUGGCCUCUUUUGCAGGAGGAGGCCUCCAUGUCAACUGAGGGUCCCACACCCCUGAGUAGGAGGCGGAGGGAGGGAGGGCUUUCGUCACCGGAGGAGGAAGAGGCCCCCCCAGCCAGGGCCCAGGGCUCCCAGAGGCCAAGUCCGGGAGGCACUCAGCUCCUUGCAGGGCAGGGCGAGGAGGAAACGCUCGUGUGGUCUGCAAAUGCUCUGAAUCUGCAAGAGGAAAGCCCUGGGGACCAAAGGCAAGGAGAGAAGGAGGAGAAAGCACAGCCUCUAGAAGGGUCUCGUCUGGGCCACAGGGAUGUCCCAGGGGAGCCUGGCCCCGAGGAACGUGAGCACCAGGAAACGCUCUCCCCGGUGGCAGAGGGAGGUCUGACAGUGUCUCCCCGGCCGGCCUUUCCACCCAGGGGAACUGAACCUACAAGUGAUCCGUGGGCUCUGAGCCAACAACCUGACAGGUCUGAGCUCAGAAGAGACGAAUUUGGGAAGGAGGCAGAAGCUUCUUCCCAGCAACUCUCCAUCCUGCAGCGUGGGGGUGGGGGGCGAUGGUGGCCAACCUCCCCACCGGCUGGAGGAAGCAAGAGUUUGGGUCGGAAACAGCACAGCCCCCCGGAGAAUGCUCACUCCCAGCAAGCUUUGGCAAACCAGGGCUCGGAUAUUUGUUUGGCCAGAGAGGUCAGACCCGGGGGGACCGACGAAGAGGUCGGACCGGGCGGGACGGAGGUCCUGGGGACCGGCACCGCUCUCCCGGGGAUGGUGCCUGAUUCAGAUGACGUGGGUCCGGGUCCAGAGUGGCCCUCCGAGCUGGGUGGGAACCAGCCCUCCCAGCCACUGAGAGCCCUUGAAGAAGAGAGGAGAAGGUUUCACCGGCUCAUCUCUGGGCUGAAACGAGAGAGAAGCCAAGUUUUACGUGACAACGCCGAGCUGCGGGGCGACCGAGAGAGAUGCCGUCGAAAAGUGUGCGCCCUCGAGGAAGAGAGGGAGAGAAAUGUGACCAAGAUGGCGGUCCUCGAACAGGACAACAGCGUGCUGGUCGGAGACAUCGCGCUCUUGAAGCGGGAGCUGGCCCAAUACCGGCAGGUCGUUUCUGACCUGGAAGAGUGCAACGGGAAAAGUUACGGCAAAAUCUCCGAGCUCGAAGAGGAGAACGAACAGCUGAAAGGGCGCCUGGCCCAGCUUCAGAGAGCCACGGCCGAGAGCGCCAGAAAAUCCAAGGGUGUGAUGGAGCACGUCACAGUGGAAAACCGGGAGCUCAAGGCGCUGAUCUCGGAGCUCGGGGUCAGUUACAAAGAGCUGAUGAAGGGCGUGGUGCUGGGGAUAGAAGACACGGUCCAGGCCUUCAGGGGGGAGAACGCCCAUCUUCUGAGCAGGAUCCGCGUCCUGGAGACAGAAGUCGCGUUGGGGGCCAGCACAGCUGGGGGCCGCCUGGUGAGAGCGGAGGAGGGUCCGCAGGGGGAAAGCAAGAUGGCGGGGGGCAAGGAGGGUGCUGUGGAAAGGGGGGUGCAGGUGACUCAGCUGUCAGGGCAACUGACCGCAGAAGCCCACGGGCCGCCCUUGGAGGAGAAACCGGGUCUGGCUGGCAGGUGGAUGGGGCCUUCCUUACGCACGGAGAAUUCCAGAAAUGAUGGCAAUUCAGCCGCUUCGUCGCUGGUGGGGGGAAGUGCCGAGGUAUCCAGUGCCCCGCGAGGAAACAUCGACGGACCAGGAGCGAAAGAAGCACGUUUGGAAAAGCAGGAGAAAAGACCAUGGUGUUCUGCAGACCCAGGGCGAGCUCUGAGGGCAAGCAACGGCCCCCAGGUAGGUUGAUCUCGAAUCGACACCCCCAAAGAGGACCUCAGGCUGUGCAUUGGGCACCUCCAGCACCAGGUGCUGACCCUGCGGUGCCAGCUCAGAGACCAGGCUUCUGCCCACCGGGUACUGCAGGUGUCACAUGGGGAAGCCACCCGCCUCCGGGACCAGCUCAAGGGCGAGCUUGAGGAACUUCAGAGAAAGCAACACGAGGCAAAUUCGGCCGUGGCUCCUUUGAAGGCCAAGCUGGCUUCUCUGGUCCAGAAGUGCCGGGAGAGGAACCGCCUCAUCACGCACCUGCUGCGGGAGCUGCACCGACGCGGGGCCGAGGAUCCCCUGCUCUCCGAGACGGCGCGGGGCAUGGUGGACGACGUGGCACUGGCCGAGUACGAGGCCACCUUCCUGGCUCCGGCGCUCCCAGAGACCAGCCACCACCUGGAUGUCGAGUCUGAGACGGCAGCAGCUGUAAGAGCUCAGAAAUACCUCCCGAAGCCCAAAACAGACAGUGUCGUCAUCCAAAGACCUUUGCGUUCAGAGUCCUGGCCUGUUCCCGAGGCUGAGUGGCCAGCACAGAACACGGCUAGACCGGAUUCACCAAAGCUUCCCCCGCCCUCAGGGCCGACGCCUGGUCCCGGAGCGUGUCCGUGUCCGGCUGCAGCCGCCGUGGAGCCCGCGUGCCCUGCGCGACGCCCGCGGGGAGAAGGCGGGCUGUCCUGUCCCGUCCUCCGUGCCGAUGACCCCCCGCCACCCUCUGAGCUCCUGAGUCCUGCAAGGAUCCUGGCUUUCCACAAAGAGCUCACACAAAGCAUUCGCAGCAAUGCCCAGGUCCAUCGAUCACCGCUGGAGUUAUAAAUUUAAUAGAAGCGCUCACGCUCCGGGGCCGUUUCAUAGACUCCAUAAAUAUUUGAAGCCGAGCCUUCAGA